UCCUGCCUGCGGAGCGGUAUUCCUGAUGGCCGAGCAAAGGACAAGCAACGACGGCUUGCCAUCACCUUUGAUCUAGAGCUGUGCUUGAACGAGAAUCAUGGCAGAGCCAUACAUAGAGCCUCACACCCCGCUCGCGGAGUAUCUCAAGGAGUACCACCAUCAACGAGGCGGUUCCGGAGGAAGUGCCGCUGCAGUCGGCGCCUCCUCCAGAUCAUCAUUUCGCAAGGAAAAGGGAGGGAAGAUGACUCGCGGAAUGCUAGGCACCGCAUUUGGAGCUGGGAGAAAAGUUUCCAGCUCAAGGCAUCAGCCAUCUAGCUCGAGAUCUUCCUCUGUGUCGUCCUCCACAGGCUCUGCGAGCACUGGUACAGGCGCUGGGGGAGCUAUGGCCUAUGACAACGCUGUGUCGUCCUUACCAUCCUCAUCAGCAGCGGCCACUCAACCUCCAGGGACACACUCUUUCCGAUGCAAACCGAUACAUCACACUCAUGCUAGCAGCGUUAGUAGAAGCGGUGAUUGCGGGAAUCUUUUACGCUCCGCGAGCGCGACAACGCUCGAAGAAGAGCUAGGCGCUGCUGCUGCGGCAGAAGCAGAGGUGCAUGCGGCAUGGUCAGAGCAUACUCUCUCUUCGUCAAGUCUUGCAUCUGCUCCCAGUGGCACUUCAAUAUCCUCGCAACAGCAAGAGCUGCAGGGGCUCGGCUUGCGUUCUACUUCGGCUGAAGUCACAUCGCCAUCACAACCAGUUUAUGUUGUAGACCAGAACAAGGAUGUACCUCCAUCACCACUACCGCAGCAUGAAGCCCCAUUUCCUACGUCUGCAACGCAAUCAUCCACGACAAACAUUCUAGCUUCCCUCCCGCCCGGCUCCUCUCCCCGUCCUACCCCUUCCAUCCCCGACCCGAACACAACCGCAUCAGACACGUCCGAAUCGUCCGAGGCUGAACGAGAUGACCUUCAUGGCGGCGAUGAUAUCGAGAACGAACAAGGACGACAUCGCGCACGAGCCUGGGCGUGGGACCUGAGCGCUAAGAUGCCUGCACCGCCGCCUCGGCCGCUCUCAGUUGCCAGCAGCAAGAGCACGCGGCCGAUUGGGGGUGCAGCAAGCACUUAUGCGGAUGCUGAUAAGCAGUCCAUCAUGAGUGCCAGCGGCGUUGCAGUACCAACUAUCGGACGCAAAGGGACAACGGUGAGCUUGCAUCAGUCGCCCACCUUUGCUAGCAAGGGCAGCGCGGGCGCAAUUGCGACCAUUUCUGCAUCCGCGUUAGCGCGCUGCAGUGUCGUUAGCGCUUCGUCUUCUGUGCGCAGCAGCGGGCAAUGGGGAGACGUGCCUUCAUCGUCGAACCCUUCCUCUUCUCGAGUUCUUGACUUCGGCUUUGGCGGUAUGGAAGAAGGGGAACAAGCGUGGGCGACGCUCAGCAAGGACAGAGCUCUUGCGGCUGGCGCCGCUUCAGCUGGUGCUGGGGCUGGUGGAGCUACUGCGGCGAACAAGCGAGUCAAGCCAGAGCUCUCAGCCAGAAGCCGGGGUAUGAUGCCUUCCCCCAAACUCUUAGACGAGAGCGCGCUUUCCUUUGAAACCAUCACAGGCAUCGGUGGACGCAGCGGCGGUGACGAACUGAGGAAGCGCAUGUCUCCCCGCGCGAGCGUCAACACCUCUGCAAGUAGGAGCAGGAGCCCAGCGAGGGAGUUCAGAUCCAGUGGCGUGGGUUCGCUUCAGUGGCGAAAGCUCCUCUUCCGAUGUUGAUCAAGCUCUGCAGAUAUCUUGCCGAUGCGCUCCACAUGGUUGUCCGAUGUACACUCCUACCACUCUUUUUAUCGCUUCUAAGCAUUGUUCUCACCGGGUUCGUUUCCCUGCUGCCGAACCAGUCGCCAGAAGCGCACACACCUGGGGGCACCGCCGCGGAGACAAUCACCAC